AUGUCACCGGCUCCACUGGUUCACCCGGAGGCGGCCGACGAGGUCCUGUCCACCGACCAACCCCUCAAGAACUCUCAUCAGAACAAGGAAGAAGACGAAGUCGUGGUUGAGGACGUGAAGGACGACAACGACAGGGAUGAAGACGACGAGGAUGACGACGACGACGACGAUGAUGAUGACAAGGAAGAUGGCGCUCAAGGUGGAAAUGAGUCUUCAAAGCAGAGCAGAAGUGAGAAGAAGAGUCGAAAGGCAAUGUUGAAGCUCGGCAUGAAGCCUGUUACGGGUAUUAGCAGGGUCACCAUCAAGAGAACCAAAAAUAUACUAUUUUUCAUCUCCAAACCCGAUGUCUUCAAGAGUCCAAAUUCUGAGACCUAUGUCAUAUUUGGUGAGGCCAAGAUAGAGGAUUUGAGCUCUCAGCUGCAGACACAGGCCGCCCAGCAGUUCAGGAUGCCGGACAUGAGUUCUGUGAUGGCAAAAUCAGAGAUUUCUGCGGCGGCUGCUGGAGCUCAGGCAGAUGAAGAGGAGGAAGAGGUUGAUGAAGCCGGGGUGGAACCUAGGGACAUUGAUUUGGUCAUGACACAGGCUGGGGUGUCAAGGAGCAAAGCUGUCAAGGCUCUCAAGACGCACAGCGGGGACAUCGUCAGUGCUAUCAUGGAGCUCACAACUUGA